AUGAGUCCUCUGCAAGAGCCCCGGGAUUGCACAGCUACGGGUCUCCUGUUGCCAGCAGCGGGAGUAGCAGCAGCAAGGGACCUGGAUAGGGACAGAGACUACAACUUCUAUGAAAGCCGGAUACGGCCUUCCUACCCACUAGACCCACGUCUUAACAUCCGAGAGGACGAUAGCACGGAGAACGAUAUAAGAGCCAACAGAACUCUCUUUCUUGGCAAUUUGGACGUCAACGUGACAGAGAGCGAGCUGCGCAGGGCUUUUGAGAGGUUCGGAACAAUUACUGAAGUGGACAUCAAACGAGCCAUCCGGGGGCAAUCCUCUACCUACGGAUUUAUCAAGUUUGAGAAUUUAGACAUGGCUCAAAGAGCAAAACUAGCCAUGGCUGGUAAACCUAUUCUCCGCAACUGUAUUAAAAUUGGCUAUGGCAAAGCUACUCCCACCAGCCGGCUGUGGGUGGGAGGUCUUGGACACUGGGUCCCAAUGGCUUCGCUAGCACGUGAAUUUGAUAGAUUUGGCACCAUUAGAUCUAUUGAUUAUCGUAAAGGGGACAGCUGGGCUUAUAUACAGUAUGAAAGUUUGGAUGCUGCUCAGGCCGCUUGUACUCAGAUGAGAGGUUUUCCACUGGGGGGAGAGCAUAGGAGACUUCGGGUGGACUUUGCUGAUGCUGAUCAUGUUUAUCAACCCCCUUAUCUUCAGCCUUUACCUUUACCCCAUUAUGACUUGGUGGGGGAUACUUUUGCACAUAGAGCUCCAGAUUCUCUUAGAGCCAGAGAGCGUACAUCACCCUUGUUAUACAGGGAAAGAGAAAGGGAAUUGUAUGGAGAUUCAGACUGGGUGCCACUUCCCAUUAGAGACCGAAACAGAGUUCCUUAUGAUUCUUUGGAAGCAUUAGACCGCCGAGUUGAUGGCUGGUCUUUGGAGAGGGAGCGAGAAAGAGAUGGCAUAAACAAGGAGCAGCCCAGAAAACGGAGGCUGGUUGAUGAAGCUCGUCAUGUAGACAGGUCACCUGAAAGUGACCGUUCCAGAAAGAGACACUGUACUAGUCCUGACAGAAGCCCUGAUGGCAGUGGAGGUCGUGAUAGUCGUUACAGUGAUACAGAUCGUGCAAACAACAGGACAGAUCAGUCCUCUCCUUCCAGAGACUGGCGGGGAAGUCUUGAAAGGGGAAUUGAAAGCAAGCGCGAUCGAAAGAAUUCUAGUCCUGUUGAAAGAGAUCGGAAACAUCGCAUUAUUGAAAAUAAAAGUCCAUUAAGAAAAGAUGAGCGGCUUGAGUCCAGCAAUAAAGUGAAAUCACCCCCAAAACAAGAAGCAAACCAAAAUCUUUGCUUGGCUUGGCAAGGGAUGCUACUGCUGAAAAACAGUAAUUUUCCGUCCAAUAUGCAUCUACUCCAGGGUGAUCUUGCAGUAGCAACUGGCCUAUUAAUUGAGGGAUCGACAGGCGGAAAGGUUGCACAGUUAAAAAUUACACAAAGACUACGUCUCGAUCAGCCCAAGCUGGAUGAAGUGACACGCCGCAUCAAAGUAGCUGGACCCAAUGGAUAUGCGGUUCUGCUUGCUGUUCCAGGUACAACUGAGAGCAAUUUUACUGGUGAUCAAGCAAGUUCUACUCAGCGUCCUUUGAGAAACCUUGUCUCCUACUUAAAACAAAAGCAAGCGGCAGGAGUCAUUAGCCUUCCUGUGGGAGGCACUAAAGAUAAGGAAAACACAGGAGUUCUUCAUGCUUUUUCCACCCUGUGA